AUGGCAGAAAUAGAUAAAAAAUAUAAUAUUCGACCAUUCAUCGAUCCUCCAUUGUCCAAUAGUGAUACUGAGAAAGUGACUUUGGCUGCUAUCGACUUAUCUUUGUUCAAAGAAGGUGAUGAAUAUCGUGAGCAACGUAAAGCGUUGGCUAACCAAUUGGAAAAAUCCAUAACAACUUAUGGUUUUUUCAAUUUAAUAAAUUUUGGAAUCUCCAAUGAGGAGAUUGAACAUAUAAGGGCUAUUGCACAGAGUGUUUUAACUUUACCGGACGAAGUUAAAUUGAAUUAUUUGGCAAGUGCUGCUACCAAGGAACAAGAAUCAUCAAGGUCUGUGGGUGGUGAAAGAGGGCAAGGAUUCAAACCUAAAGGAUAUUGGGCAAUCAAAAAUGGUGUCAGAGACUCUAUUGAUCAUUAUAACUUCAGAGAUACUUAUUUAGACAGCUUUACUGAACGAAAGAACCAACACCCAGAAGUAGUUGCUCACUACUUGAAAGACAUUGCCAAAUAUUAUAACAAAAUCCAAAGAGAAAUAUUACCUAAGAUAUUAAGAUUGUGUGAUUUGAUCUUAGAAGUACCCGAAGGUACAAUUGAAAAAAACUAUUUCCCAAAUUUGGGAACCAAUUCCGAUGAUUCAGCUUCCCAUGGCAGAUUUAUGAUGUAUCACCCUUACGCAAAUCAAACCAAAAGUAACAAAACCGAUUCCACUUUCUUGAGAGGACAUAGUGAUAUAAGUGCUAUUACUUUCAUCACUUCCCAGCCGAUUUUAGCUCUCCAAAUCAAAGACUAUUUUGACGGAGGGUGGAAAUAUGUACAACACAGACAGAAUUCUUUGAUCGUCAAUAUAGGUGACGCUAUGGAAUUCAUCAGUGGGGGAUAUUUCAAAGCUGUGUUACAUAGAGUCAUAGAACCACCAGAAGACCAAAGAGAAUUUAAAAGAUUGGUCAUUAUUCAUUUCUGUAAUCCUAGCUCAUCAGCAGAUUUAGACCCUGAAAACUUGAAAUCACCCAAGCUCGAAACUCUUGGUCAUACCAAGCAAGAUAAAUUAAAGAAUUGGGAAAAAAUCAAAUUCCAUCAUUGGAAUUAUGUGAAGGGAAGCUUAUUAGGAAGACUGGAGGCAGGAGAUAGAAAUCUUCUUCAAUUCUUCGGAAGAACGAUCGAAAGGUGGCAUCAUUUUCAAGGUACUUCUCUUAGUGAUUAA